CUGUUCCUUUCCUCAGCCAAUACAUACAUAUAAAUACCCUUGCCCGUCAGAUAAACCCAAACCCUAAUCGCCGAUCCGAAGUAAUUUUCGUCUGUGAUUAGUUUACCCUAAUCGACCUCUUCUCUCUCUCUCUCUCAAGAUGGCAGACAUGCAGGUUGCACCAGUUGACCCAAUGAAAAAGAAGAAGAAAAAGAAGGUGGUCAUUGAAGAUCCUAUUCAACACUUGGUUGACGAUACCACCGCCCACUUAUACGUAGCUGAAACUCUUGAACCUACAUUUACUGGUCUGAAAAAGAAAAAGAAGAAACAGGUAGAUGCUGAAAGCGAAGAUGUUGAUGCUGAAGAAGAUAUAAAUGAUCCUGAGAAACCAUGGGAAGGGACAGAUCGUGAUUACAUGUAUGAGGAGCUUCUGAGCCGAGUCUUUGACACUCUUCGUGAAAGCAAUCCGGAGCUUGCAGGGGAAAAACGGAAAACUAUAUUGAAGAUACCAGAAGUUCUACGUGAAGGAACGAAGAAAACUGUCUUCGUCAAUCUUGUUGAUAUUUGCAAAAUGAUGCAUAGGCAGCCGGAACAUGUUAUGACCUUCUUGCUUGCUGAACUGGGUACUAGCGGAUCGCUUGACGGGCAGCAACGAUUGGUGGUGAAGGGUAGAUUUGCACCCAAAAGCUUUGAAGGGAUUCUACGCCGAUACAUGAAUGAAUAUGUUAUCUGCAACAGUUGCAAGGGCGGAGAUACGAGCAUUGAAAAGGACAAGGAGAACCGUCUGAUCUUCCUGAAAUGUGAUAAGUGCGGUUCGGAAAGGUCAGUCGCUCCAAUAAAGGCGGGCUUCGUCGCUCGGGUGGGACGUCGGAAGGCUGAGACUUAGUUUUCUUACACUGUUCGUGUUGAUGUUGAUACCAAUUGAACGAGGAUGUACCUCGUAGUCUUGCUUGCUUUUGUUAACCCUUAGUUUUUAAAACGACAUCGAUUUUUAUUUGUCUAACAAGCACUAAUUUACACAA